AUGUCAGUAGGAAAUUUCGGUUACCUUUUUUUAACCUUCUUCAUUUCAAUGAUUCAACCAGUUUUAUACAAGAGAAAUGGCAAGAUAGCUAUUUUCUAUUUGCGAAUAGACUGUUCCCCUCAUGAUAACUAUAUCAAAAUUCAACUCACUGAUGUAUAUAACUUUGCAAGUUAUUUUGAGUCUAAUACAAGAGAAGAGUUGAUCGAUUAUACAUUUGACUUGAAUAAACUGACGAAAUUUGAUAAAGGAGCUGUUCCUAAAAUAUACGAAAAUAUGUAUACCUUAGUCGAAAAGCUCAAACCAGUUUUAUCGGAAGAUUUCAAAUGCACGUUAAACGAAGAUGCACUUUUAUUGAUAAAUGGGUCUUUCAAAUACCUGUUCCCAUUGCAGAGCAUGCCCGAUUCUGACAAUCUACUAUACAUCAAAGAGAUAUAUACUAAUUUGGAAAAGCUUUCCAUUUACGAGCACCUGCUGAUAGAAAACCUAACAAACCAUAUACACACGAAAAAUCAAAUACUUGAGAAAAUAGCACGUGAAUACCAUAAUAAAGUGAGUUAUUCACGUAAUGAAAAAUUUGAUAUACUGAAAAGUAAGCACAUAAAAGACUUAUUUAUCAACAAACAAAUCAUGAAAUUCUUAGUCUCUAAACCUGAAGAGAUUGUAGAAGAAUCCUCCAAAAUAUCAGGUAUUGAUUCUAAAUGUUUAUUUACCACCGGGACCCAGUCCAUUUGGAAUAAAAUUGAAAGUGAACCAAGGAAAGAACCAGAGUUAAUCAUUCCUGAAUUCGGUAAGACUGAUCGCAAGGAAGACUUAAAUGGACCAUCUAACCCGACAUCAAAGAGGAAACUGCAAGGUUUACUUAGAAGAAUAAAACGUAGUAAAAUACAAUGA